AUGGAAGAAACUAAGAAAGAAAUAGAUUCCAAGUCUAAUGAACCUCCAAGUAAAAAGCAGAAAACUGAAAUAGACAAUGAAACUAAUAAUGAAGUCAAAGGUGAAGAUAAUUCCCCAGAGAAGGCUGUACAGAAACCUAUUACAGAAGAAGAUGUUGGUAUUACAGAAUAUAUCAGUGAUCACAGGGGAUUUUCCGCUAUAAUCAAACAAAGAUAUUCAGAUUUUAUAGUGAAUGAAAUUAACAGCAAUGGUGAAAUUGUCCAUUUAACAUCCUUUGAUCUGCCUCAACAAGAAAAGGUUUGUGAAACUAAGCUUUUUGAAACAGAUGUAAAUGUAAUUAAUGAAGAAGAUCAGAAAAAAUUACAUGAUAUGGUAGAAAAUACAGAUUAUGAACAAUCAGUUUUAAUACAGGUAUUUAAAGACAAUAAAGAAGCCCGGACCAAAAUACAUUUAGCUAUUCGAGAACAUUAUGCCUUACUAGAAAGUUCUACAGUGGAUGGUGACAAUGGGAAGUCUAAAGUAAUAAAAGUUAUUUAUCCAAAAUCUAAAGCUAAGCGGGAUUCCAGGUGGGCAGCUAGCAGACCUAAAUAUUGUAAAUUUGUUUUAUAUAAAGAAAAUAAAGAUACUAUGGAUACAAUUAGUUUGAUUUCUAAAAAUAUGAGACUGAAUGCCAAUCUAUUUUCCUAUGCUGGAACAAAAGAUAAAAGAGCUAAAACAACACAAGAAAUAACAGUUUUUAAAGUGGAGGCUGAGAGAAUAAAAAGUUUAAAUGAUAUCCUGAGAAAUAUGGGCUUUGGAAAUUUCCAGUAUGUGAGUUCACCGCUGAGACUAGGCCAGGCUAAAGGAAACCAUUUUACUAUAGUUUUAAGGAAUGUGGAAGCUGAAAAUGAAGUCAUAGAAAAAGCUGUAAAAUCUCUGAAAUCUAAAGGUUUUAUUAAUUAUUUUGGUAUGCAGAGAUUUGGUACAACAACAAUAUCUACACAUGAUAUAGGAAGAGCUAUAUUACUUGGAAAUUAUGAACUAGCUGUAGAUUUAUUACUGAGACCUAGAGAUGGUGAUGAUGAGAGUAUGGUAGAAUGUAGAAAAAUAUGGCAAGAAACUAAAGAUAGUAAAGAAAUGCUAAAAAAAUUACCACCACAUCAUAGUAUAGAACAAAAUGUUUUAUAUGUGCUUUCUAAACACGGUGCUAAUAUGUUCUAUAAUGCUUUGCAGGCAAUUCCUCGUAAUACCCGGUUAUUAUAUGUACAUAGUUAUCAGAGUUAUAUCUGGAAUACUGUGGUAUCUAAACGUAUUCAAUUAUAUGGUUUCAAUAUUACUGAGGGAGAUCUAAAGGAAACACCAAUUUUUAUAAGUAAAGAUAAUAUAGAUAAAUAUACAAUAUAUGAUGUAGUAUUACCAUUACCUGGUUAUAAUAUGGUUUAUCCUCAAAAUAAUAUUGGUGAAUGCUAUAAAGAAAUGUUACUGAAAGACUCUAUUGAAUUAUCUACUAUGAGAACAAAACAAAGAGAAUAUUCAUUAUCUGGUACAUACAGAAAGAUAUUAGUUAAACCUAAUAAUGUAGAUAAAGAUAUAUUAUUAUAUAAUGAUACUACUAUAUCAUUAACUACUAGUGAUUUAGAUAGACUUAAUGGUGAACCUGAACCUAUAUCUAUACCAGAUGGUAAAUUCAAAGCAUUAAAAAUAGAAUUUUCUCUACCACCAGCAGCUUAUGCUACCAUGGCUCUUCGUGAAAUAUUAAAGAUAAAUACAUCAGCUGCUCAUCAAACAACAUUAAAUAUUUCCUAG